UAUUUUUCCUUGUUCUUUUUAUGGUAAUAACAUGCUCUUGCUGCAAGCAUAGAACUCUUUUUGAGGGGGGACACAGAGGAGGGUCCAUCUCCUUCGCCUUAUCUCCUCUGUCACUGGCAAUAGCACAGAACAUAUUACUUGGCAUAUUUUCACUGGAGCUUAAAGUUCCUUGGAUUUCAUUUCCUUAUGUUUUCUUGGGAAGAUACCUUCCCUUCCUGCCUUCUUUAUUACAGUUUCAUUUUCCCAUCUCAGCCCACAUUUAACUCUCCUCUGGCUUGGCUCCUGUAGAGGAUACAGCUAAACAGAUGUGUGGAGGACCUGGAGAGGUUCUGUGUUUUCUCUUUAUGCUGAGAUUCAAUAGUGCUGGUGCAAGGCCUGGCAAUGGCACUGAAUGAGCACAGUCUUCAAGCCUCCUUCCUGUAAAUGAUAGGACCAAACAAGGCGGUGUGAUGAACAUGCCACUGCAUCAAAUCUCUGUCAUUCCAGCUCAGGAUGUUACCUCUUCCAGAGUCUCCAGGAGCAAAACCAAAGAAAAAGAGGAACAGGCAAAUGUAGGGCAGUCAGCAGCUCUGCUUACACAGCUCCGUCUCUUUAGUCUGGAUAACAGGAGUCAUGCAAGCAGGGGAAGCUACACUGAGGAUACACACAUGCCUUUGUGCUGGAAAAUGAAGCUUCAGAAUGAGAAGGCUUUGGGGCAUUCCGUGAGCCGCUCUAGUAACAUUUCAAAGGCUGGAAGUCCAACCUCUAUUUCUGCCCCUCACAGCUUCUCUCGGACUUCUGUUACACCAUCCAACCAGGACAUCUGCAGUUCCAGUGCAGUGUUUUCUGAGUGUUGUCAUCACAGUCCAGUGCAGUCUGCUGUUGUCUUGAAAAAUCCUCACUGCCAGAGCCCUCUGACACAAGGGGUCACUGUGACAGUAAUCUGUCAGGACAAGUUGCGUGCAGCAAAGAGAAACUCCUGUGGGCAGGAUCGGGGCCAGGCACUCAGGUCUGCUAAGAAUGUAAAGCCCAUCCGCACUCUGAAAUUCUCCAAGUCUCUCAACGAUGUCGACCAGAAGGCGCAGAGCACCAGUGAGUGCUUUGACUAUGUGGAGCGAACAUGCUCAGAAGGCAAAUUGACCCCGACUCAGGAGCAGUGUUCAAGGAUUAACAAAUUUCAUCUUAAUGAGAGGAAACCACUGAAUCUCAGGCCUCUUUCUUUUACCAGUUCUAAGCACUCCUAUAUCCCUUCCCUUUCCAACUACUCGAGUGCAUCGGGAGGAGCAGAGAACCACAGCGCUGUACAUAUCCCCUUGCUGGAGGACAAAGUGGACCAUGACACCUCAAGGAGCAAAAAACUGUUGCGUUACCUUUUUUCCUUCUCCCACACCUCCAGCAUCAGCAGCCUGCAUAAGUUCCACGAACUGGAGAGCUAUUCCAGUCACUUCCAAGCUGACAAAUCUUCCAGCGUGCUGGUGGAAAGCACAGACUUCUGCUCUGAUGAUAUGGGAGAUGAUGACGUCUUUGAGGACAGCACCUCAGUAAAACUGAAAACAAAAGAGCAGCGGGCACCCCUCUGUUCAGUUGAGAAGGACAGUGACCUUGACUGCCCUUCCCCUCUCUCAGAAAAAUUCCCCCCUCUGUCCCCUGUGUCCACAUCGGGGGAUACCUGCAGGAUAUGUCACUGUGAAGGAGAUGAUGAGAGCCCUUUGAUUACACCCUGUCACUGCACAGGAAGUCUUCAUUUUGUGCACCAAGCCUGCCUGCAGCAGUGGAUCAAGAGCUCAGAUACACGAUGCUGUGAACUGUGCAAGUAUGAGUUCAUCAUGGAGACAAAACUGAAGCCUUUGCGAAAGUGGGAGAAGCUGCAGAUGACAGCCAGCGAGAGGAGGAAGAUCAUGUGCUCUGUAACAUUCCAUGUCAUUGCCAUCACCUGUGUUGUGUGGUCUCUCUAUGUCCUGAUAGACAGGACUGCUGAAGAGAUUAAACAGGGACAGACUACUGGGAUUCUAGAGUGGCCAUUUUGGACUAAGCUGGUGGUUGUGGCUAUUGGUUUCACUGGAGGACUUCUUUUCAUGUAUGUACAAUGCAAAGUGUACGUACAGCUAUGGAAGAGACUUAAAGCUUAUAACCGAGUAAUAUAUGUACAAAACUGUCCAGAAACUAGCAAAAAGAAUAUUUUUGAAAAACCUGCACUAAUGGAGCCAAACUUCGAAAGUAAAGAAAUGCUUGGGGUUCACCAUUCAGACACAAACUCUUCACAUUACACAGAGCCAGAAGACUGUGCUGCAGAAAUCCUUCACGUCUGAUUGCUGGGUGGGAGGGGUGUUUCUGUAUGCUCUUGAAGAUAUAAAAUAUCAUUGUUUACUGCAAACUGCUCUACCUUUUUAAAAUCAGCUAACAGCUGAGAGCUGGUGGAUGAGGUUUUUUUACAUUUGUUUUUUGUUGGAAUAUUUUUAAAUCCCUUUGACGUAUCUGUCAAUGUGAUCAUGGUUGCAUACCUCUCAACAUUUUCUCUCUCGUACUGGCAUAUCAGAGCCACAGGAUACUGGGUAGAAUGAGCGUUGGGUUGAUAUCAAGCAAGUCACUAGUGAACUGUCUUCAACUUCAUGGAGUCUGUUACUUUAGAAGAUGACUCUAAAUGAUUCUGGAAUAUGUGUAGAGUGGGGUUUGUUUGUUUGUUUGUUAUUCUUUAAGCAUGAUGAAGGAGGUUGUCCCAGACACUGAUGGAAAUGAGAGAGCUAGAGUCUAAUCUACUGCUAACACUGCCACUAACAUUUUGUCUUAGGCAGCAGGUGUAAAAUUUUGCUUUACAUAUUGUGAUGAGACUUACAAAGCAUAUAGCACUUUUAAAAAUCUUUAUUUUGUAAUAUGUAUGUCAAAUGAGAAUGAAACUUGAACAAAUGUGUCAUUUUUGAAACA